AUGCGGCGCGUUCAUCGAGCGGACCAGCUCUCACGGUCUGAGGAGCGAUUUCGCGCGCACAGAGCAACGACAGGAGUUUGGAGACUGGUGCGGGGGAAGUCGGACGGCAACAUCUCGCUCAUGUCAUCCCUGCUGGCCGCCACCUCAGCGCCCUACAGCACCUACCUCCCCGAGCCGGAGACCUGGCUGCACCGCGCCGGCGCGGGGGCCAAGCAGCUCUGGUGCAUGGGCCUGCUCUCCCUCCUCAUCCGCGGCGGGUCUGGGUGCAAGGCGGCUGUGGUCCUGUACCUCGUGCUCGUCACCACCCUGUCCCUGCCGCGGCACGACCUGCCGGGCUCACCAAGGUACAGCAGCGUGCUCCUGAAGCUGGGGUUCCUGCGCGUCACGCGGCGCAGCUUCCGCCUGGCGGUGAGCACUGCGGCGCUGACCUUUGCAGCACUGCAGUCGGCCUCCCUCUGCCUGGCCUGCACCCCCCCAGAGCGCAUGGCCGCGGCGAUGAGCUCUGCCCUGAGCCCGCUGAGGGUGGUGGGAUUCCCUGCCGACGAGCUGGUGCUCACGCUCUUGCUCGCGCUGCGCUUCAUCUCAAUGGUGUUCGAGGAGGGAAGACAUCUGCUCCUCGGCCUGGCGACCAGGAGCGUGGACUACUCGGGCCUAGGGAUCAAGGAUCUGAACAGCGGCACAUUCGGAUUCGUCCAGUUGGUGCUGGACAAGACCACAGGGCGCCAGGUGGCUAUCAAGUUCAUCGAGCGUGGUGACAAGGUGACCAAGUAUGUGGAGCGGGAAAUCAUCAAUCACCGGCAGCUGGUGCACCCGCAUAUCGUGCAGUUCAAGGAGGUAUUUCUGACGCCCAACCACCUGGGCAUCGCCAUGGAGUUUGCUGCGGGCGGAGACAUGUUUGAGUACGUUGUCCGCAAGGGCGGCCUGCGCGAGAACGAGGCGCGCUGGUUCUUCCAGCAGCUGCUGGUCGCCGUGGACUACAUCCAUCGCAUGGGCGUGGCGAACCGCGACAUCAAGCUUGAAAACACGCUGCUGGACGGCAGCCCGCGGCCGCUCAUCAAGAUCUGCGACUUUGGCUACUCCAAGCACGAGAAGUACCAGUCGGCGCCGGGCAGCAGAGUGGGGACCCCGGCCUACCUCGCCCCCGAGGUGAUCAUGACCACCAAGGGGAAAACCUACGAUGGCAAGGUUGCCGACAUCUGGUCCUGUGGCGUCAUGCUGUAUGUCAUGCUGGUGGGCGCCUACCCCUUUGAGCGGCCCGAGGACAAGCACGACGCGCAGAAGCUGCAGAAGAUGAUCCAGCGCAUCCUGCGGGUGGAGUACGAUUGGCCGCCGCACAUCAAGCUGUCGCCGGAGUGUCGGGACAUCAUGGCCCGCAUCCUCGUGGCAGACCCACAGAAGCGGAUCUCCAUCCAGGAGCUCCAAGACCACCCCUGGUACAUGAAGGACCUGCCGCCCGGGGUCAAGGAGAUGAACGACAACAUGCGGAUGCCGCCCGCGGGGUCCCAGACGGAGGAAGAGAUCCGGGAGACAGUCGCGGAGGCUCAGAAGGCGCCGGGGCGCGGCGGCGGCAUCGCCGGCUGGGAGGACGACUACAUCGACGACACCAUGGAUGCGGAGAACUACGAGUCGUCGUUCGACGAGUGGGGGGGGACCUGA